UUGCCUUGGACGCUUGUCUUGGCAUUUCUAAGAACAAACCUAGCUACUGGGAUCUGUGUGUGUGUGUGUGUGUGUGAGAGAGAGAGAGAGAGAGAGAGAGAGAUCCACAGUAUCUCCGGAAUAGGAGAGAAUGGGGAGACCACCUUGCUGUGACAAAACUGGUGUGAAGAAAGGGCCAUGGACUCCCGAAGAAGACAUUAUUUUGGUUUCUUACAUUCAAGAACAUGGACCGGGAAAUUGGAGAGCAGUACCUACCAACACAGGUUUGCUUAGAUGCAGCAAAAGUUGCAGGCUUAGAUGGACAAACUAUCUCAGGCCGGGUAUUAAACGUGGUAACUUCACUGAUCACGAAGAGAAGAUGAUAAUCCACCUCCAAGCUCUUCUAGGAAACAGAUGGGCUGCCAUAGCCUCAUACCUUCCUCAGAGAACAGACAAUGAUAUAAAAAAUUAUUGGAAUACUCAUCUCAAGAAAAAGCUCAAAAAGCUUCAAAUUGGUUCUGAGGGCCAUGACCAAGGAAGGCUUUCACCAAUCCCAUCACAGCAAAACCCAAAGGGCCAAUGGGAGAGAAGGCUUCAAACAGAUAUUCGCAUGGCUAAACAAGCAUUAUGUGAGGCUUUGUCGUUGGAUAUAUCAAACUAUUCACCUGACAAAUCUAAACCCACCAUUGACUAUCAGUCUUACACAAGACCAGUCCAAUCAUCAACUUACGCCUAUACUGCUGAAAACAUAGCCCGAUUGCUUGAAGGGUGGAUGAAAACAUCCCAGAAAUCAGGCCAGGUUAACUCCAAUUCCACUCAAACUUCUUCCACCAACUGGGUCUCAUCUGUUUCGAGUUCUAGUGAAGGAGCUUUCAGCGCAACAAGAACGGCCGCUUUCGACUCACAAUUUAGUUUCAACUCUUCCACGUCGGACGUUUCACAGUCUGUGUCAAUCGAUGAGGGCGUGAAUUUUACUCCUGAAAUUGGCCUCUUCCAAGACGAGAGCAAGCCAAAGUUGGAGGAGACUCGAGAAGGUCCUUUCUCCAUGCUCGAGAAAUGGCUCUUUGAUGAUGGAACUGCUCUGGAAGGGCAAGAAGAAGUUCUUUUUGGCAUGUCGUUGGAGGAAACAGCUCAGUUGCUUUAGAAAGGAGUUCAAUCUAUUGGGAUUUAGUUUCUUAAUUUGUUAGUUUUUAACCUUUAACGCUUGGGUCAUAUAACUUGUUUCUAGCCUCAGCUGAACGGGAUCAUUCUAAUUGAAAGAUCAGAAAGUGUAAAUUACAAAGAUAUCUAUAUAAAUAUGCAAUAUGUACUUCCAGAUGACAAAAGUAAUUUGAUCAUCUUCUUAAUAGACCUGCAUAUAUGUUCUUUC